AUGAGUCUCCUCGUUUGGAAAUUUUCCAAACAAUCUCCCAGUUUGGUUAUUUUUUGUUUUUUCAUCUAUAAAACAAUCGAAUCGUUGUUGCAAUCGGCCAAUCGGUUACAUCUGUACUCGACCGUCUGCCAGGCUGUAGUCAACCGGACCAUCGACGGGCAUUUGUGCGAUCUGAAAGAGCACAGAUCAUCCGAAUCAAAUCUGACCAUAAUUCCAUUUGAAUGGGCUCAUUUUGUUCGUUUUCGUGUGAACACAACCGUCGAUGAUCUGGGUCAAUUCAAUGAGGAUAAAGAAGCGCUGGUUCAACGCAUGUCCGGGAAUUAUUUAAUCGUUUAUCGAAUAUUAUUCAAUUUACCUGCAAUGAUCACUUGUUUACUGUACGGAUCCGUGUCCAAUCGGAUCGGUCGAAAAUGGGCCAUGAUCAUACCGUGUAUCGGAUCGGUGAUUGCAUGUGCCUGGUUCGGGGCAGCUCUGUAUCCUCAAAUUUCACGGAUCCCAGGGGCUAUCAGUUUCAUUCUGAUCGGGGCUUUGUGUUACGGUUUGUGCGGGAAAAGUAACGCGAUGAGUAUGGGUGCAAACAGUUACAUCACAGAUUUGAGUAGUACAGAGGAAAGAACCAAACUGUUGGGUCGAUUGAUGGGUGUGAAUUUUUUCGGCCUGUGUAUCGGGGCCGGACUGUUGGCCAUAUUCUCACGAUAUCGUGGAAUUGCGGAAAUUUUGAUGUUUGUCAGUGCGUGUGACUUGUUCCUUAUCAUUGUCUUAUUGUUGUUGGUACGAGAAUCCCUCCAAAAACCGUUGGAGCAACCGAUCUUAGAGACAAGAUCUAGUCACAUGCAAAUGGUCGUGGAGGAAGACGAACCGAGAAAGGCGGGCUGCGGUGGCUUCAUUUCUCAUGCUUGGCGAACCAUUAGAAAAUCGUACGAGUUUUUAUUUACUCCGGAUAUGCACCAGUUACGUCCGGUUUUGUUAUUUCUGUUCGCCUCUGUGCUGUUCAAUCAGUUGACCAAAUCCGGUGAACAGGAUGCCAUACUCCUGUUUGUGACCAAUCGACCAUUUCACUGGACAGCUGAAUGGUACGGUUACUAUCUAACCGUUUAUUACGGAUGUAUGGCACUCCUGCUUACGCUUUUCCUACCCCUGAUCGAAUCCAAAUUAGCUCCACAUGAUAGUACCCUGAUUGUGAUCGGAUUGUGCUUCAAAAUUGCCCGUCUCUUAUGCAUGGGUUUGACCGGGAGUACACUUCUACUAUUCAUCUCCGCUGUGGCCGGUUCUGUGGCAGGGUUCAUCAGUUCCGGUACGAGAGCACUGAUUAGCAAGCUGGUCAGGGGCAAAGAUGUCGGGGCGAGUUUUGCACUGGUCUCCUGUAUGGAAACAUUGGCCAAUCUGGGCGGUGGGACACUGUUUACCAGUGUGUACAAUUGGACUUUGACUGUGUUCCCCGGGACAGUGUUUGUGAUCGACGCGAUUUUGCACUUGGCCAUGUUAUGCGGUUUUAUCUGGCUACGUCAACGUAUACGUUCAGACGAAAUACAGCGUUUCCUGAUCGACGAAUAG